AUGUCGUCCAAGAAGUCGUCCCCAAACAAUAAGGCAGCUCCGGAAGGUUCUGUAGGUCGCCAUGGAAACCGCUGGACCAAUGGAAUCGCCCUGGCGCUGUCAGGACUCGCGGCUGUGGUGAGUGUCGUUGCCCUGAUCAAGGUGCAGGAGAUCGCUUCCAUGCAGGACCAGCAAACGGCGUUCCAGACAGAUCUGCAAGGCCUGAGGGAUCAGGUGCUUCUGAUGCAGUUGAAGCAAGAGAAGCGAGAGGCUAAGGACAAGCUGGCUCAACUGAAGACUGGCGACGUGAUGACAGCGCCACCUUUUGGAAAAGUGAGGAGGUGCACCACAGACCCAAGAGGAACUCAGAGGCCAACACUGUACUCAUCCUUGGAAAACGUUCAGUCUAUAUACUGUAUAGACUUCUUCGGAUGUCUGUCAGGACCCCCUACUCAGACUGCUCCUACUACUACUACUCCUGCAGUGAAAGGUUUCACCGUGUGGGCACGGUCGUUUGCAUCUAAAGAUCCCGGUUAUCCAAACACUACUGACAAGUAUGACAGAUCGUACAUCAGCAUCAACGGACAAGCAAGCAGUAUGUAUUGA